AUGGAUCAUCAACCUCAAGAAACAAGAGGUCGUGGGAAGAGCAAAAGAAAAUGGAAUAAUGAGGAAGAUGCUAAGCUUGUGGAGGCAUUUCUUGAGAUGGUAAAUCUUGGAACCUAUAAGGCUGAAAAUGGGUUCAAACCUGGGUACUUGAACUAUGUUGAGGACAAGUUGCGAGUCUCGUUGCCUAGCUCUGGAUUCAAGGCUAAACCACAUAUUGAGUCAAGAAUUAAGACAUUGAAGAGAGACUUUAAUAUUGUGUAUGAUAUGUUAAAUGGUCCAAAUACAAGUGGAUUUGAUCGUGCUACUGGAGGAAAUACUGAAGGACCUAAUGAUAUGAUGGAAGAUAUACAAAGGGAAGAUGUCAAUCUUAAUGCUGAUAAUGACGUGGAAGCAACAUCCGGAAUUGGUCUUGAUGAUUUGGAUGCUUCAUUUUCUCCAUUACAGUCCCCAAGAUCUGCUGCAGUUGACAAGAGGAAGAAAAGAAAAAGAAGUGUUGAUAACUUAACGGCUAUGAUUGACAUAAAAGAAGCAGCAUCGCUUAUUGGAAGUGAAAUUGCUAAAGCUAGUGAAAUUUUUGGUAAAGCUAUUGGAGUUGAUGCUGAAAUUUCAGAAAAGAGACAAAGGAUUGAUUCAGAGAUAAGGAAGAUUCCCAAUCUAGCUGUGGUGGAUGUUAUUAAAGUUGUGUGUCGUAUCGCUCAAUCACCCGAGUUAACCGACGAGCAGCGGCUCUUGCUGCGAGUCUCCGCCAGUGCCUGGGGGAGCAAUGCUGUCGAUCUACCUCAACGAUCUGAGGAGGAUCGCCGCAGGCGGCGGCGAGGAGAUGGUCUAGGUCACGCUCAAGCUGGACGGCAGCUCGGUGGUGCUGUGCGGAAUUCGAUCUAUGCAUUUUUAGGGUUCGAACUUGACCCGAUUUUUCCCCAAUUUUUCUGA